AUGAAUACCAAUAAUAUAAAUACCCCAUUAUCAAAUCGAUCGGAUGGUAACGAUCCGGGAUCGAUUAUUCCUUCAAUGUACCCUUCAACUCCAGCAACAACAUCAAAUAAUUAUUUAUCAAAUCGUACAUUUAUUCCACCAACUCCAGCAUCUGUUAAUUCAGAAAUAGAUACAUCGAAUGUAACAUCUAUACAACAAAAUGAUCCACGAAGAAAUAUUAUUCAACAACUUGCACUUCUAUUACAUGCACACAAAUGUUUACAACGUGAACGACAAGCACAAGCUUGUAAUGGAGAUAAUAAUCAUGGAACAGCACCAACAACUACAUCAUUAAAUCUUUGUACAUUACCACAUUGUGCCACAAUGAGGACAGUGCUUCAACAUAUGACAAAUUGUGCCGAUUUUAAAACUUGCUCUUUUAAUCAUUGUGUACAAUCUCGUCAUAUAAUACUUCAUUGGAAAAAUUGUACAACACCAAACUGUUCUAUAUGUGGUUCAUUAAAAAAGCCAUCAGCACUUCGACCACAAAAUUCCAUACCAAAAGAAUGGCAACAACAGUUACAACCAGAUCAUCGAAAUCAUUUAGUCAAAAAGAUUGUCGCUGCAUUAUUAAAUACUGUUCAACAAGAUGGUCGUUCUUUACCACCUGAUCGUUUAUCUGCAGUUACAUCUUAUGCUCAACAAACAGAAGCUGAAACAUUUAAUACAGCUAUAAGUCAUGAAGAUUAUUUUCAUCGUUUAGCUGAACGUAUUUAUAAAAUACAAAAAGAUUAUGAAGAAAAACAAAUGUCGAAAAAACAACAAAUUUUAACAACAACAUUAACAUCAAUUGAUAAAUCAGCUGGUGAACAAGGUCCACCAAAUCGUAUUGCACCACAAUCAGAUUUUCCACCAUCGUUUUUAUCUUCAUCAACAUCAUCAACAACAGCAACACAAAUUAAAUCAGAAAAUCAUACUCCUAAUCCAACACAAUCAACAUCAUUUGAUACACAUCGUAUUUCAACUGAUAGUCUUAAUCGAAUGACUAUAAAUAACAAUAAUUCAAAUAUGAUUUCACAUGCAGAUACAAAUGGAACUCAUGCUGAUACAAAACUUAUUAAAACAGAACAGAUAUCACCAAAUCAUGAUACGAAAAUUCAAACGACAACUACCAUUGUAAAAACAGAAGAAACAAUAACAAAAAAUGAAACAUCAAUAAAUGGUAAUAAUAUUACAACAACAACUCUUGAAUUAAUUAAAACAGAAAAAACUGAUAUUGAAUCAACAACAACAUCGAAUCGACCACCUCCAAUAGAUUCAACAAGUAAAUUAUUACAAAAACAUCCUGCUGAAUUUGCUCCUGAAGAUAUUCGAGACAGAAUGACGCCAAUACUUCGUCAUUUAUUUGAUCAAGAAGAAGGUUCUUGGUUUCGUCAACCAGUUACAGAAGCAAUUGCACCUGGAUAUUUUGAUAUAAUCAAAUGUCCAAUGGAUUUUUCAACAAUAUUUAAAAAAUUAGAUGAAAAUCAAUAUUCAACACCAUUUCAAUUUUGUGAAGAUAUUUGGCUUGUUUUUACUAAUGCAUGGACAUAUAAUAAGAAAACUCAAAAAGUUUAUAAAGCUGGUCUUAAAAUGUCUGAAAUGUUUAUGGAAUUAGUUGAUCCUGCUAUGAAAGAAUUUGGUUAUUGUUGUGGACGUCAAUAUGUAUUUUUAGCACCGGCUAUGUUUUGUUAUGGUGUUGCUGGUAUAUGUUGUACAAUACCACGUGAAGGUGAUUAUUUUGUUUAUAAUAAUCCGGAUUCAUCAAGAAAUAAUUUAUCUAAUGAUAAAUAUACAUUUUGUAAAAAAUGUUUUGAUUCCGUUAAAUCGGAAUAUAUAUUAGUUGGAGAUGAUCCAGCUCAAACAUUAGUUGAUUUACCUAAAGCAGAAUUUAGUCAAGCAAAAAAUGAUCAUCAAGAACCAGAAGCUAUGGUUGAUUGUAUAGUUUGUGCAAGACGUUUUCAUAAUAUAUGCGUUCUUUAUCAUGAACAUAUAUGGCCUGAAGGUUUUGUUUGUAAAACAUGUGUUAAUCAAUAUAAUGUUAAACGAAAAGAAAAUCGUUAUCUGGCACAUAAAUUAACAAUGACAGAUUUAGCUAAUGCUUUAGAAAAACGUGUUAAUGAUUUUCUUCGAAAAGAUUGUGAUCCUGAUACAGGUCGUGUUACAAUUCGAGUUUUAGCUGCAAGUGAUCGUAUAUCUGAAGUUAAACCAAGAUUAAAGAAACAUUUUGGUGCAGUAGUACCAGAUGGAUAUCCAUAUAGAACAAAAGCGGUAUUUGCAUUUCAAGAAAUUGAUGGAGUUGAUGUUGUUCUCUUUGGUAUGCAUGUACAAGAAUAUGAUGGUCGAUGUCCAGCACCUAAUUCUAGACGUGUUUAUAUCUCAUAUCUUGAUUCUGUACAUUAUUUUCGACCAAAACAAAAACGAACAGCACUUUACUAUGAAAUUCUUAUUGGUUAUCUUGAAUAUGUUAAACAAUUAGGAUUUGCAUAUGCACAUAUUUGGGCAUGUCCACCAAGUGAAGGUGAUGAUUAUAUAUUUCAUUGUCAUCCAACUGAACAACGUGUACCAAAACCAAAACGUUUACAAGAAUGGUAUAAAACAAUGUUAGAUAUAGCUGUUGCUCAACGAGUUGUUGUUGAUUUUAAAGAUAUUAUGAAAGAUUGUAGUGAUAGUGGUAUAACUAAAGCAAGUGAUCUUCCAUAUUUUGAAGGAGAUUUUUGGUCAAGUACAAUUGAAGAUUUACUUAAAGAACUUGAUACUGAAGAAGAAGAUAGAAGAAAACUUGAAGAACUUGAAGCUGUUAAAGCAUCUGAUGAUGGUUAUAUUGAUGAUCCUAUUGAACCUGAAGAACCAACAGAAAUAUCUGAUAAACGUAAAUCAGGUGGUGGAACAACACACAAAAAGAAAAAUUUCAAGAAAACAGCUGGUCAACGUCGAAUAGCACGUAAAAAUAUGUCCAAUGGUGCCGAUUUAAUUACAAAAAUCUAUGCUAUGAUGGAAAAACAUAAAGAAUCAUUCUUUGUUGUUCGUCUACGUAAUCCAAUGUCAAAUCCACCAACAUUAACCGAUACAGAUCCAUUAAUUCAAUGUGAUUUAAUGGAAUCUCGUGAUGCAUUUUUAACUUUUGCUCGUGAAAAACAUUGUGAAUUUUCAUCAUUACGUCGUGCAAAAUAUUCUACUCUAGCUUCAUUAAUUGAAUUACAUUCAUCAACAGCCGAUAAAAUUUCCUAUACAUGUAAUUCAUGUCGACAAUUAUGUGAUGUACGAUAUCAUUGUACUGUUUGUGAUGAUUAUGAUUUGUGUAGUAAAUGUUAUACAGCAAUCAAACACGAACAUCGUAUGGAACGUUCAGAUGAUGCAAAUGAAACACCAACUAGUUCAGAUACACCUUUAAGUACUCAACAACAAAGACAAGUAACUAUGCAAAAAAUGUUAGAUGCUAUACGUCAUGCUGUUCAAUGUCGAAAUGCAAAUUGUAUAUUUAAAAAUUGUGCACCAUGUCAAAGAUUACUUCAACAUACUAAAGAAUGUACUAAAGCAUCAAGGAAUCAAUGUCCACUUUGUCAAAAACUUAUAUCACCUAUAUGGUAUCAUGCUAAAACAUGUACUGAUCAAAAUUGUCCAUUACCUUAUUGUGCAAGCUUCAAGCAUAAACUUCAACGACAACGUGCAGCGACUAUGCAAGCUGAUCGACGACGUAUUAAAGCAAUGCAUCGAGCUAAAAUGGCACCAGGAAUUAAACCCCAUAAUAUCGUUUUAAACAUAGUACAUCAUUUAUAUUUAUUAUCAAUUACUCAAGUCACAUUUGAUUUUGAUUUAGGUCCAUCACCACUUGGUUCCCAAAAUACAGAAUCUACACCUGCUGUACAGUAUCAUCAUCCGAUGGAAUCUGCGUCACCAAGUUCAUCUGGUAAAAUGAUGCCAUCAGGUGGUAAAGGUGGAAAACCUGCAUCAAUGAGUGGACUCGUACGGACUAAUUUACCUUCACAACAAUCAUCUUCACAACAUCCAGCAUAUUAUAAUGGCGGCAAAGGUAAUCCAGCAGGAGGUGGUUAUCCAAUGAUGAUGACACAUCCUCAACAACCAUCGCAACAGUGGCUAUCUCAACAGCAACAACAUCGAUAUGCAACACAUCUGGCCAGUGGAGGAAAACCAAUGGCUUAUGCACAACAACGAAUGCCAUAUGGUGUAGAUCCGUAUAUGAUGCGACAACAAACUCCACAAGUGCCAUCAUCUUCUUAUCCAUAUACAUCAAAUAUCGCUCCACCAGGAUAUUCACAUUCUCAACCAAUGGAUCCUAAUGCAUUAGCAGCAGCACGUGCUGGCAAACCGAUGAUGCCCCAACAGCAACAACAACAACAACAACAACCACAAGUACCAAAUCGAUAUCCACUUAAUUCAUAUUAUAGUCAUCCUUCACAAAUGCCUUAUCAGCAACAAUCACAAGUACCACAACCACCACAUCGAUCUCUUUCACAAGGUCCAACUCCUACAUAUUCAAUGCCAUCAUCAUCAGUACCGUCAAACGGUACUGGUGGUAAACCUAUUUUAAUCGAUUCAAUCGAAUCAAAACCUGAUGAUCUUAUAGAUGAUCCGUUAAAACAACAACAACAACAACAACAACAGCAGCAGCAGCAGCAACAAAUGUUUCAUCCUCUUCUUCAAUCUCGUUCACGUUCACAAACGCCUUCAUUUUAUCCUAAUAUGCCACAAACGAAUUCUCCAUAUUAUCCUUCACAACGUCCAAUGGCACCAACAUCUGAUUAUAAUAUGGCAAUGACACGUGGUAUUCGACCACCUAAUCCUGCCUAUAAUAAUCUAGCAGUUCAACAACGUGUUCGAACUCCACUUACUUCACAAUUAUCAUCGUCGACAAAUGAUCCUACAGCUGGUAUGAAUACGAAUCCAAUGGGACUUCAAUCAACUCCGCCUCCGCCAUCUGUAACUCCUCGUUAA